AUGUAUCCUCUAAUUUUGUGGGCACCUUUGGAAAUUAAUGACAUUGGUACCCAUGAUAGCAAAAUCACCCCCCUCCCCCUACCCUCUUCGCGUAACCACACCUUUCCCCUCCUCCAAUGUUCCCCAUUCCCCCUUCAGCCUCCAAGACCCAAGAACCACCACCACCAUUCCUUACCACCAGCGGUCACCGUAACCGCCGUCAACCAAACCGCCACCCCCUUAUCCCCUUUCUUCUUCCUUUGCUCUCAUUUCUCUCUCGUCUUGCCCCCGUUCCUUCCUCCCUCUGCUUCACCACAACAACCAGACCAUCACUCAUUCUUCUCUCUCUUCCUCUACCCUUUCCGUCGGCCUCGACCCAGGACCCACCGCGCCAUCAACAAGCCACCGCGUGCCUCACCCUCUUCUCACCUCCGCCGCAACAACUAUCUCCGCCGGCCGCCACCCUUUUUUCCUUCCCCUUCUUUUCCCUCUUCCUCUACCCUUUCCGUCGGCCUCACCUCUGUGAUCCACCAUAGCCGCUGCCACUACCUUGCUUCCGCCGCGCCAGCGAUGCCGUCGAAGCCUGGUGCCAUCGCGACGUUACCCUCCUCCCUCUUCUCAGCGCUAAAUCAGCAUCCAACCAAAUCGCCGCCGGUUCUCCUUUGCUCUGUGCAAGACCCACCACCUCUGCGAAGCUCUCUCUCCCUCUGUCAUUACUUCCCUAACAGCCAGCCACCUAGAACUACCGGAGCCACCCCUCUUCCCCUCCUUCCCUGUUUCAAAUGUUUGUUCUGCAUUUCAGUUUUCUGCUUCUGUUCACUUGAGGAGGAUUAUCCUCUCCGGCAGCACCGAUAUUCCACCUAAGCCGGACACGCCAUCCGAGCAUUCUGAGUAGGUGGAGGCCCAGCAUCAUGAGCCGGAGGAGGCACGAGACCCACCAGCUGAUGGUGGAGGUGACGACAGUGACAAUUCCUUCGACUCUGCAUGAUCUUGAGCACCGAGGAUGGUGCUACAUUUUAAGUGUGGGGAGGUCGUACAACUUCAGCAAGUAUAUUUUGGGUAAAAAUUUCAUUUCCGAACACUUGUAAUUUAGUUUUUAUUAUUAUGCUUUUUAGUUGCUUUGUAUAUAUUUUACCCUUUUUGAAAAACUUUUUAUUUAGUUUAUUACUUCUUUUUUACUUAGCUUAUUCCACUUUUUAAUUUUGCUUGUACAUAACCUAGUAUUAUAUUGUAGUGAUGCAUAUCUUUACAUUUUGCC